AUGGUCUCAGUACCAACCGUCGGCGCUACCGCCGCCAGCACCAACAGCGCCAAUGCCAGCUCACGAAGCUCACCCGCAGUCGCCACAGCAGCGAGCCACUCGUCGUCCAAACCGAAGCCCAAGGUCAACUCCAACGGCUACCAUCCUACGAACACGCAUACACCACUCAGUUCCUUGUCCAGUACACCCCUCGACCUGACCUCCGUUGAGCGACGAGGCCAAGCCACAGCUGUCCGCGAACCUGUGAUCAAGAAGGGUCGGCCCCAUGGUCUCGACGAGGCUCCGACCUACUGCCCGACCGAGGAGGAAUGGCGGGAUCCCUUCGAGUACAUGCGCAAGAUCGCACCCGAGGCCUCGAAGUUCGGAAUUUGCAAGAUUAUCCCUCCUGACUCCUGGAAUCCCGAGUUUGCAAUUGACACAGAGAAAUUCCAUUUCAGGACCCGAAAACAGGAGCUCAAUUCUGUAGAAGGAAGCACCCGCGCCAACUUGACAUAUCUUGAUGGCCUCGGAAAGUUUCACAAGCAGCAUGGCAACAAUCUUCAUCGCCUCCCGUAUGUUGACAAGAAGCCGCUUGAUCUGUACCGCUUGAAAAAGGCUGUCGAGUCUCGAGGAGGCUUCGACAAGGUAUGCAAGCUGAAGAAGUGGGCAGAAAUUGGCCGAGACCUCGGUUACAGUGGCAAAAUCAUGUCAUCUCUCUCCACGUCCCUCAAAAAUUCUUACCAGCGAUGGCUUUGUCCAUACGAGGAAUAUCUACGCCUUGCCAAGCCAGGUGUGCAUCAGCAACUCGAGCAGGAGUAUGGUGGUCCCUUGACCCCAAGUCCAGCCCAAACGCCUAUCAAGCGUUCGACUGUCAACACUCCUGCAAGCGGAAGAGGGGACUCGCCAGCCCGCCAUGCAUCCGACAUUCUACAGUCUACCAUUAAUGGAGUCAAAAAGGAGGUUGAUCGAGACACUCCGAUGGCCGAUGCUCCACCUGCCCCCGCCGGCGGCUUCACUGCAAUCAACACAGGAGGUUUUACGGCAGUCAAUUCCGGAUUCACGAGUGUCAAUCGUGGCACCAAUGGCGACUCCAAAAACUUCACGCCAGAUUCGAAGCGGUUCGACAGUCCAACCCCAUCAGCCAAAAAUACCCCCGACAACCGCGCAUCGAGCCUGGUGGCUACUGCACUCAAGCGCCAAAUGAGUUGUGAUAGUUCCUCAGAUUCAGCCAAGAAAGAGGCUGAUGAGAGGGAGGAUAUUGAUGGUGGCAGCCGUCGCAGCAAGCGUCUUAAAAAAGAUGCCGUCCCCACUGUGGCUGGAUCACACAUGACGCCAUUCCGUCCUUCAGUGCCGAGAAUUCCACGAGACGAAGCUGCGCAAGCAGGAGAGAAAUGCGAAACAUGUACAAGAGGCGAAGAUGCCGGACCCCUUCUUGUUUGCGAAUCAUGCGAUCACGCAUACCACGGCGUGUGUCUGGACCCUCCCCUCAAGCGCAAGCCUGACGCCGAGUGGAAUUGUCCACGCUGCCUCGUGGGCGAUGGACAAUUCGGUUUCGAAGAGGGUGGCUUAUACUCUCUAAAGCAGUUUCAGCAAAAGGCCAACGACUUCAAGCAAGGUUAUUUCGAGAAGAAGAUGCCCUUUGAUCAUACCCUCAAAUGCCAUCGACCAGUGACGGAAGAAGACGUGGAAACCGAGUUUUGGCGACUAGUUGCUGACUUGGAGGAGACGGUUGAAGUUGAGUACGGAGCCGAUAUUCAUUGCACGACACAUGGCUCAGGAUUCCCAACUGCCGAGAAACAUCCCAACAAUCCAUACGCCACCGAUCCGUGGAACCUCAAUGCGUUGCCCUUCCAUCCGGAAAGUCUGUUUAGGCACAUCAAGUCCGAUAUUUCCGGUAUGACAGUUCCCUGGGUCUAUGUGGGCAUGAUAUUUUCGACCUUUUGCUGGCAUAACGAGGACCACUACGCGUACUCGGCCAACUAUCAGCACCUAGGCGCAACCAAGACCUGGUACGGUAUUCCGGGAGCCGAUGCCGAGAAAUUCGAGGCUGCAAUGAAAGAGGCCGUACCCGAGCUCUUUGAGACGCAGCCAGAUCUCCUCUUUCAGUUAGUCACUUUACUGACCCCCGAACAACUCAAAAAAGCCGGCGUGCGAGUGUACGCGCUCGAUCAGCGAGCUGGGCAGUUGGUCAUUACAUUCCCCCAAGCGUACCACGCUGGAUUCAACCAUGGAUUCAACUUCAACGAAGCCGUCAACUUCGCUCCCCAUGAUUGGGAGCCGUUCGGCCUCGCCGGCGUUGAGCGACUCCAAGCCUUCCGACGACAACCAUGCUUCUCCCAUGAUGAGCUCCUGUGUACUGCUGCAGAAGGCAGCACAGCUACCGGCUUGACAAUCCAGACCGCGAAGUGGCUCGCGCCAGCCUUGGACCGCAUACACAAGCGCGAAAAUGCUGAACGAGAGGCCUUCUUUACGAAGCAUGUUGAGUCCUCGCCCCAUGAGUGUCGCAUUCUGAAACCGGGUGAAGAUGCAUGCGCUUUGACGUUCAAGAUCGAGGACGAAGAUGUCCAAGAUGAAGAGGAACAAUGUUGCAGCUAUUGCAAAGCAUUCUCUUACCUCUCCCGAUUCAAGUGUCUGAUUUCUGGCAAAGUGCUGUGCUUGUCACAUGCAGGGCAGCACCCUUGUUGCGAAUUGACAGAACAACAGCGAUAUUCAGGCGAAUCGCAUGUCCUCAUUUAUCGCAAGACGCAUGACGACAUGACUGCUGCAUAUCUUAAGGUUGUCGAGAAAGCCCAUACACCAGUGGUCUGGGAAUCGAAGUACGAGAAGAUGUUGGAUGAAGAGGCAACACCUUCGCUAAAGUCACUGCGAGCUCUCCUUCAUGAAGGAGAACGGAUCCCGUUCGACCUUCCUUCCCUACCUGUGCUACGAGAAUUUGUCGAUCGUUGCAACGACUGGGUGGAAGAGGCGACGAACUACACUGUCCGAAAACAGCAGAACCGUCGUAAAAACGAAAAAGCAUGGCAGGUCGGUAUGCGAAAAUCCAUUGGCAGCGCGGAUCAGGACCAGAAGGAUCGUGAAUCGCGCAACGUCACCAACAUCUACCGGCUCCUGCAGGAAGCCGAGCACAUCGGGUUUGAUUGUCCUGAGAUCCUACAACUUCAGGAACGAGCAGACGCUGUGAAGCAGUUCCAAAGCAAUGCCGCUCGGGCUCUGGAAAAUACGGCCGCCAUACCGAUGGAGACUAUUGAAGAGCUCCUUGAGGAAGGGCGUAGCUUUAACGUAGAUACACCCGAGGUUGAUCGGCUUUCUAAGGCACUAGAGCAGUCACGAUGGAACCAGAAAGCUCGUGCAAACCGUGGAGGGUUCAUGUCCCUGAAGGAGGUUCAAGAGCUCAUCGAAGAGGGAAAACGUCUCGAGAUUCAGUCCUACAAUGAUCAUCUAACGCAUUACUGCGAGCAGCUACAGGCAGGGCAAGCCUGGGAGAUGAAGGCUAGAGAGCUGAUCGUUGCGGAAUUUGUCCACUAUCCUCAGCUUGAGGCGCUAUCCAACCAGGUGCAACUCAAUGCCUUGCCUGUCUCUCAGGAAACCUUGGCAGCUGUGGAUCAGAUUCUGCACAAGCAACGAGAAGCCCAUCGCCAAAUCAUCGACUUGACGGAACGAUGUCGGAACCCCGAUUAUCGACUGCGACCAAAAUACGCUGAGGUCGUCGAUAUCGCAAAGAAAUUAGACGAUCUUAACUCGAAACCCAAUGGCACAAUCGAUCUAGAGAAUGAACGAAAGCGUCACGAGGAUUGGAUGAGAAAAGGCAAGAAGUUGUUUGGGAAGUCGAAUGCACCCCUUCAUAUCCUCAAGAGUCACCUAGAAUAUGUACUGGAGCGCAACAUGGACUGCUUCGACAUUGACCAUGACACACCGAGGUUACCCGGAGAGCCAGUUUCGAGAGACGUAAGUCCUGAGCCUGGCGUCACUAGAUGGGAUGAGACCAGGUCCAGGCAGGUAUUUUGCAUCUGCAGGCGGAUCGAGGCCGGCAUGAUGAUUGAAUGUGAACUUUGCCACGAAUGGUACCACUACAAAUGUCUCAAAAUCGCUCGUGGAAAGGUCAAGGAAGACGACAAGUACACAUGUCCAAUCUGCGACUGGCGGAUGAAAAUCCCACGAGAUGCCUCGCGCCCCAAGCUCGAGGACUUGGUGGCUCUGAUGGAGGAGGUCGCGGUGCUCCCUUUCCAGCCCGAAGAGGAAGAUGUGCUGCGCCGUAUUAUUGAUAAUGCGCAAAACUUCCGGAACCACAUUGCCCCUUUCUGCAACCCGCUCCUUUCAACAGAAGCUGAAGCAGAGACUCAAAGAUUUUUCCUGCGGAAGAUCGAGGGUGCCGAGGUGCUCCUCUCAUACGAAACCAACUUCUUCAGACAGGAGCUGCACAGAUGGUGCCCUGUGGCCCCAGACGCACCGCCUAUCUUCGAGGUAUCUCUCAGCACCAGGAAGCCCAGGCCCACGAAACUCCAAAAGAUGCUGGUCGAGUACGGCGUUGACAACCCUGACGACCUCCCCGAGCACGCGAAGGGAAAGGCAAACAGCUUACGCCGGAAGGCUGCUAACGCGGAGGCUGCUGCGGCUGCGGCUCACACGGGGACCGGGCCCAUCCCACCACCUUCUGGGGCUCCUGGAGCGUUUGCUGGCCCGACAUUCUUCCCACGAGCAUCGCAAGGUGCAUCAGGGAGCAACCCCUCGCAUGGGCAUCCCGACCGGCCGCACUCCCAGGCCGGGUCCAACCGUUCCAGAGAUGAUGUGAUGUCUGGCUUGCACCCUGGACUGCUGGGUGCCGGCGGACCGCAGCUGGUUGGCGACCUCUCAUCCAUGUCUCUGGAAGAGAGGCUGCUGCAGGGCCAGGACGACGGCAUCAACCUGCAUACCGAGGCUGGAAAGAGUAAGGCUCUAGAAAUCCUCUCUCGGACAGAGACAGGUAGAGAACAGGCCGAGAAGAUGUGGGGGCCGGACAUCUGGGGAGCUCGGCCCGGCUCCAUCAGUGAUGCCAAAAGAUCUAUUUCGCCCUCGGCCAUGGACGACAUGAUGAAGGAGGAUGACGGCAAUGUGGAUCAGAUGUUCAAGGAGAUGACGAAUCAAGAUGAUGAAGAGGAUAGCAAGAAAAAGGGCGCCGUCAUUGAUGGCGCCGUGGUAACAACGGCAUCUCUGGAGAAUGAGCGCAAUGGGAUGGACGCCCUCCUGGACGGGGAGUAG